UUGUAGGUAUGGAUCAAACUUCGUUUGGAUUAAAACGUCCUUCUACUUCUAAAGUAAACAGUAUUAAUCCAAAAAAGCCAAAGACCAGCGAAAGCGUUUCUGAAGCAAAUCCCUCCUCUUCGUUAUCUUUAAAUAACUCUACUUCAGAGGCAUCUUCCCAGGUUAUGGUAUCGGCAGGUUCGGAUACCUCAUCAACUCAGUCUAAAACUGGAGCACCUUUCCUAAGAUCUUGUCCAAAAUGCAAUGUUCAGUUCACCCUUUUAGAUCCUUUGAAAUGCCACAUGAAGCGUUGUUGCCCAGACAUGGGAAAUAACUUAUCAGGAACUGCUAAACCAGAACUUUCAUGUGCUGAAAAUACAGCAAACAUUGGUUCAGAGAAAGGGAAAUUGAUCAUGUUAGUUAGUGACUUUUAUUAUGGAAGACAUGAAGGAGCUGUUGAGGAAGAACCGAAGACUUAUACAACCUUUAAAUGCUUCAGUUGUUUGAAAGUUCUUAAAAAUAAUAUUAGGUUCAUGAACCAUAUGAAACACCACUUGGAACUUGAGAAGCAGAACAGUGAGAGCUGGGAAAACCAUACCACCUGCCAACACUGCUACCGGCAGUAUCCCACACCCUUCCAGCUGCAGUGCCACAUCGAGAGUACACACACUCCCCAUGAGUUCUCUACAAUUUGCAAAAUUUGUGAAUUGUCAUUUGAAACAGAGCAUAUUCUUUUACAACAUAUGAAGGACACUCAUAAACCCGGUGAAAUGCCAUAUAUUUGCCAGGUUUGCCAGUUUAGAUCGUCAACAUUUUCUGAUGUAGAAAAUCAUUUUAGAGUGUCCCAUGAAAACACUAAGAACUUGCUAUGUCCAUUUUGCCUCAAAGUUAGUAGAAUGGCAACCCCCUACAUGAAUCAUUACAUGAAGCAUCAGAAAAAAGGAAUUCAUCGUUGUACAAAAUGCAGACUACAGUUUUUGACCUGCAAGGAGAAAACAGAUCACAAGACACAGCAUCGUACAUUUAUAAAGCCUAAAGAACUAGAAGGAUUGCCUCCUGGAACAAAAGUUACUAUCCGAGCCUCAUUUGGACCUGUUCAGCCAAAACCAUCAAGUACACCUUCCAGUUGUGCUCCAAGCACUUCUUCUCUACAGGUCUCACCUCCAAAGUCUAAAAAUACAACUGCUAAAACUCCCACAAAGACUCAUGCAAGUAAAUCUAAGACAAGUAAGCCUCAUGCAACUGUAUCCACUGCAACUAAACCUAAUACAAGUAAGCCAAGUACAGGUACAUCUAAAUGCAAAGCCAAACCCUCUUACAAGCAAAAGAGGCAACGCAACAGAAAAAAUACAAUCAGCAUAGCUUUGAAGAACUUAAGGUGUCGUCGGGGAAUUCACAAGUGCAUUGAGUGUCGUUCCAAAAUAAAAGAUUUUGCAAGCCACUUUUCUAUAUAUAUCCAUUGUAAUUUUUGCAAGUACAACACUAAUUGUAACAAAGCCUUUAUAAAUCAUAUGAUGAGCUCUCAUAGCAGCCACCCAAGUAAACGGUUUUAUAUUUUUAAGAAGCAUUCAGGAGCUCUCAGGGGCAUCACUCUAGUGUGCCUUAAAUGUGAUUUCCUAACUGAUUCUUCUGGUUUAGACCGCAUGGCUAAACACUUAAGUCAACGCAAAACUCACACUUGCCAAGUUGUAAUAGAGAAUGUUUCCGAAAGUACCUCAACUUCUGAACCCACUUCUGACCGCUUGUUGAAAUAGAUUCCUGCUCUAUGGAGCUCGUGCAACCUGGUGCAAGACAAGUUGGAAUUUCCUAAGUUCAAAGUUGUGAAGUGUUUUCUUACACAAAGACAGUUUCCUAAGUUCAAAGUUCUGAAGUGUUUUUCCUCAUGAAGGCGGUUAAGCAAAGUUCAUGACACUAGCUCUCAUUCAGCUCUUUUCAGCUUUCAGACAGCACUAGAUUCUUAUUCCACCUUAUCUUUGUGUCAGGUUAACAUAUCUUAAUAUAUGGUUUUUUCUCCAGUUGGUUCUCUCCAAAAAUAACUUUUAUUGUUAUGGUCUUUUCUUGCUUUGCUUGAAAUAAUUUGUGUUUUUCUCUGCUACACUUGCCUUCAGAAUAUUGCAUUCCAAACAAUAUGGCUGUUCAUCUUUUUUUGUCUGUUAUGUCUGCUUUCUUAAUUUCUUAUAAGUCUUAUCUGACCUAAAAAGUCAGAUAGCUGUUUUCUCUCUCAUUCCUUGUCUGUCAUUGUUCUAUUUUUCCUAUUUUUCAGAUGCAGAAGCAACACAGAAAUUUCACAAAAUGUCCAGUAUACUCCUGGACAGUGUCCCCCUUCGAUGGACACAACUGAUGCCUGUUCUCUCUUCCCAAGGAAUGUGAAUUAUUUGACUGUGAGACUUCUUCUAGUUUGUGGGCUUAAGAAGUCAGAUCUUGGGGAGAGUCCCUUCUUAUCUGCUGGCCUCCCAUAAGGCUGAUGCCGAUUUGGCCAGAGAUGACCUCAAGGCCCACCAAAUUGAGCACAACUUCCCACUGUGGGCUUUCAUUCUUGAUCUUAAGCUUAUGAUGUGAUUCUGACCAAGAAAAGCCCAUCAAAGCAGUGCUUCAACAUCCUAGUUCAAGUUUAAUCAUUUGGCUGCUGCCCUUUAAUCUUCCUCUAACAUGCAUGCAGUCUAAGGAAUAUAAAAAUCCUGGUUGUGUAAGGAAUCAAGAUUACUUUCAUGUUCUUAGAAAAACGAACUUUCU